UACAGGUCAUAACUCUACACGUGCGUGCCAUAAGUGUGAUAAAUCUUUUCCUUCGCUGCCUGGUAAUGCUAAUAGAAGAGAUUUCAGAGACUUUGAUGAUGCUAAUUGGGCUGGUCGUUCGGAAAGUACCCACCGUGUAAAUGCAAGUAAGUGGUUAAUUCUCUCGACGAAAGAUCAACGUAGUGAAUUUGAGAGAAAUACUGGUACUCGUUGAAGUACGCUCCUUCGUUUGCCAUAUUUUGAUCCUAUCCGUUUCGCUCCUGUAGAUGUAAUGCAUAAUUGCUUUCUUGGGACAGCCAAACGUUUCCCUACAUAUGAUCUGGAGAGAUGAAGUUAGAUCCGUUGCUGGCGGUCGCCGCGAAGAGUCAUUAUUGAUUACGAAGAGCGAUUUAGCGGAGAUGUCAGAAUCUGCAAAAAGCCUGAUACUUCCCUUUGGAUAUGAUGGUGGUAAUGCUGUUAAACGCAAGAUAACAGCAGGUAAAGAUGGUUUUAGCCAUUUAACAGCUGAUGAAUGGCGAGUGUGGAUUAUUGCAAUGUCACCUUAUCUUUUGCCCUUGAGAUUGAACAUGCAAUAUUAUAAUCAUUGGAUGAAGUUUGUUGAAGCCAAUCGUUAUAUAGCCAAUACAAGUAUAACUGAAGAAGAAAUAGAUUACGUUCAUUCUUUAUUAAAAGAAUUCUUAAGCGAAUUUAUGGAAAUCUACCAUGAUGCCAGUUACUUGUCACUGAAUAUGCACAACCAUUUGCAUAUUAAAGAAGGUCUUUUGGAUUAUGGGCCAGCCAUGUCCCAUUGGCUUUUCAACUUUGAAAGGUAUAACGGUGAUCUUAAAGUUAUUAAUACUAACAAUAAGGGAUCCGUUGAAAAUACUAUAACAAAAAGGUUUCUGGAGUCUGUUUUUGCUGGAGACUACUUUGAUUGUUUGCCGAGAAAUAUUGCAUUUGAUGAUGACAAAGAAAGUGAAGAAGAUAAUGAUAUGUAUAACUCAAAGUUUGAUAUCAGUUUGUUCUUGGAGAAUGAAGCUUCUGGUGACGGCAAGCUACAUGGUUAUGAGUGUGUCCCUGCAAGCAUCGUCAAGAAUGUGAAAGCCAAGGCUCGGCCCUUAAGAAUGAAUGACGAGGCUAAUCUCUCGAAUCACGAUAUUCUAUGCACUAUUCAUUGCAACUUGAGCAACAUCGAUACGGUUCACUCCUCUAACUUGCACUGCACAAUUUUAUAUUUCUUUUUCAUACAUUAUUUAAUGGAUAGUAUGAUGAAUUCUUGGUGUCUACUACUCAUACGUUUGCAUGUUCGUAAAUGGUUCAAAAAGAAAGAAGGCCUCAACCUGCAUGCGUAUGAGAUCAACAACAUGGAAGUGUGGAGCAAUGAAUUUGAGGAUCCUUCAGCAAUGUCGAUUGUUCCAGUCAUGCGCAUUCACUCUCCUGUUGCUAUUAAACUUGAUCACCUUCAAGGUAUCAAUGUUGUUAUAAAUUUACCAAGGCAUUUAAUCAAUUAGUUAUUCAUUUUUAUCAAAUUAAAUAUAUUAUCUGUUGCAAAAAAUCGUUAUUCUUUUAUUUUUGCUGAUGUAGAUAUUUAUGAUCGAUUAAUGCAUUCUCAAAGGCAUCUUCAUUUUUGGCCCAAG